AUGGCGAAAAAGCUGCAACCUCAAAAUACUGGAAUAAACGGUAUUGGUAUAUGCAUUCCCAUUUUUUUGGUUUACUCGAAGCUUAUUUCGGUCGACAGUUCGGGUUCGGCAACUCAGCUUCAUUAUUUAACCAGGCUUAAGUCGGUCCCGACGCCGAACAACCGAUUUCAUCAACAACAAGGCAUCACCAGAAUGCAGUCGAGUCAGAAGACCACGAAAACAUGCGCCGUCUAAGCCGAGCAACUUGAGCCACUUUUAAUUACAAGGCAGAGAUCUCGUAUUUGCUGGCCAUUUCCUUUUAGAAUAAAUGUAAAGGAAUAAUAUUUUUUGUUUUAUAAAGAGAUUAAUUAUUUUUUAAACAUAAUAUUAAACAGGGUGAGCAAAAGAAGCUUUUUUAAAUAAAUCGAAAAAAAUAAAUAAAAAUUGUAGUUUAGGCAAAUUUCCUUAUUGUCCUACCUACCACUGCACUUUUAUAUUAAAGUCUUAUAUCUUAGGAAAAC